CGACGCGUAUAAGCCAAAAUUGAUCUGUUCCGUGAAAGCUGAAUUUUAUAUGAAGAAUUCACUUCCUAGAGGCAGACGGCGGAAUUUGGAAACAGUCGUGUUCUUAGACUGAAAGUGUUAAUCGUACUUCUUCAAUCUGUGUGGAACAGAAUGCACUUCACAUCCAAACCAUUGAAAAGUGAACAGUGUCAAGUUGUCAGUUAUUGUAUUUGAAGACCGGGUGAAAGAAAACUUCGCGCUUCGCGAAAUGACAGCCGUUGAUUCUAUCGACGCUCUAAAAAAGGACUUAGAGUUUGCAAAGGAGAAAUUAAAAAUAGUAGAUGAUGAUAUCAAAAGGAUAACAGGUCGAGAUCCGUCUGAGAGGCGGAUAGGUGAGGCAAAUGCCAGACGCAUGCGUAACCGAAAUGUUGGGAGUAAUACUACAAGGCCAGAUGCAUUGGACAAGGUAACCGACGAUGAAAUCUUUCAGGAUGUGAAAAGAUUAAUCGAUGAUGACUUAAGGGUCUCUGUUGCCUCCUCUGUCGUGCGUGUCACCGACACCCGUUCUCGGCAAGAUGCAGCAAAAGAACUUAAGAAAUCAGACAAGGAAAGAGGACGUCGUAUGCUUGGUAUCCUUCAAGGAACAUUGAAACAGUUUCAAGCUGAAUCUGCAGCCGCCGUGAAGAAACCACAGAUGGAGAAACGACGUCAAAUUGAUGCUAAAUUAGAAGCUCGUGAGAGAGAAGAAAAGGAGAAUCUACGUCGUGAACGUGCUGAACUAUUUCGCGCCCGAAGAGAACAUCAUAUUGAGGUCAGCAUCUUGCAACAAAAGAUGAGAAUAUUAAAGAAGUUUGAGACAUGGAAAGAACAACAAGAAAAGAUGAAAGGUUUUUGUCGGACUUCCAAACCACCAUAUAUAUUCUUUCGUCCGAAAAUUCAAAAUGAAGAGUCUAAAUGGCGUAUGGAAAUGACAAGUCGUGCUAUAGAUGCGCUUAUUGAACGUCGCCGGAAGAAACUUGAUACAGAAAUUGAAGAAACGCUACAGGCGGCGACACGUCGUCGUUUACCUUCAGCUGUUAAUGAUCUAUCUGAUAAUAAUAAUAGUAAUAGAUUGAAUAAAAUUGAUGGAUCAACGGCGAAAAGCGGUCGAAAUGAUUUUAUGGAUGGUGAUGCCACUAAUACUACCAAUACUACUGAACGAUGGUCCCCAUUGAAUAAAAUAACAAUGGAAUCUAAGCCUGAUAAGUUGAACAGUUUUAAAAGUGAACCUUCAUCUACCUCAAACCAUCAUCUAUCAAAAUGUGUAUCAAAUAAAUUCUCAGAUAAUAGCUAUAAUAGUAAUAAUAGAAAUAAUAAUGCUCAUCGUGAAGAUUUAGAAGCUGGUGAAUUAUCCGAUGGUGGUAGUGAGACAUUCGCUUUAGGCGAUGAACCUCAACUCAUAGAGGAAGAUCAACAUCAAGCUGUGUAUACAGAAUCUUCACAACACAGUAGUGAACAACAUCAACAACGACAAAAACGUCCCAGUAAUCAGUUAUCACCAAGCAGUAGUUCACUACAAGUUUCUGCUAAACGCAAGUUAUCCUCUGUUGAUGAAUCCUAUGCUCCUCCAUCCCGUACUGGUGAUAAUAAUAAUAAUAAAAAUGGUGAUGAUGAUGAUGAUGAUACGCCUAAAGAGAAAGGCAAAAGACGAUUUGAUCUCAUUGGAACUGAUGUAUUUUAAUUUAUUCAAGUUUAUACUUCGCCAAGGUUUUCAACACUCUUAUUUUUUCCUUUGCCCCUCCCCCCGCCUCAUUUUUCUUCCUUUCUUUUCUCCCACCUGCCAUCCCUUUAUAAUCAUCUUCCACAUCCUUCCAUCUGGAGUGUGAGGAAGUGUAAGCAUGUAUGUAUAUUAAUAUCCUUGUUUAUUUCUGUCCAUUUCACUUGUUUUUUUCCUGUCUAACACCACAGCGAAUUAUCAUUAUUAUUGAAUAUCUUACGAAGAUGUGUUUUUCUUUCGUAAGCUUUGUAUUUUAACCCGGCGUAAUAUAUCGUAGUAAUUAUG